CUAUUGUCGACGUAUCAAGAUAUUCAGUUUGUGUAACCAUCCCCACGACUUGCAUCAUGCUGGGUCUCAGAACAGUGAAAGGUAGAAUGCUCUACCGCAUCAUGAGCAUAUGUUGUGCCCUGUCCUUUUGCAUGUAUGGCUAUGACGCCGGUGUGCUUGGGGGAAUCCAAACGACCAAACCAUUUCUUGACGCUAUAGGACACCCAACAGGCACCUACGUUAUUCCCAUGAUCGCCUCCUCGUACACACUCGCCGCGGCUGUCUGCUCGCUAGCUGUGAGUGUCCUCGGCAUGCCCUUGGGCCGUAGAGGCUGUAUCCUCAUGGGGAACGGGCUUGUCAUUAUCGGCGCAGCAAUUCAAGCCUCAUCAUGGUCAAUUGCACAGAUGAUUGCCAGUCGAAUCCUUUGUGGAUUUGGCAUCGGCUUUAUCUCUUGUAGUGUACCCACAUACAUGGCAGAGAUGAGCAUUAACGAAAAAGAGCGUGGGCCAGAAGUCGCUGUGCAGUGCAUAUGGUUGAUUUCUGGUGUUGCCUUGGCAUACUGGGUUGACUUUGGCUUCACUCGAAUGACGAACCAGGUCUCAUGGCGCUUUCCAAUCGGCUUCCAGGCUUUUUUCGCCGUCAUCUCAAUCAUCGGCAUGUUUUUCAUGCCCGAUACGCCAAGAUGGUACUAUGCUCGAGGUCGAAACGAGGAAGGAGAUGAUGUUGUGGCACGCCUCCAUGACAGACCGGUGGAAGAUCCAGCAGUCCAGGCCAUGCGCAACGAGAUCCUGGCAUCCAUCAAGCUUGAGGAUGAAGACGAGCAUAAAUUCAACGUCAUUGAUUUGUUCUGGGACCGCAGCGACCUGAAAGCUGGGAGACGCAUAAGGAUUUCUUUCAUGAUCCUGUCCUUGCAGCAAAUGAUGGGUAUUAACCUCUCGGUCUACUACUCUACGGUCAUAUUUGCUCAACUUGGCCUCUCCCCGUUCCUCUCUCAACUCCUUGCCGCUGUCAUGAACACCGGGUUUGCGCUUGGUACAGUCCCGCUUCCCUUCGUGAUUGAACGCCUUGGCCGUCGUCGUAUCAUGAUAUGGUCAGCUGUGGCAUUGACCGCUUUCAUGACGGUUUUCGUCGCCAUGAUUGGCCUUCCUUCUCCCUCUACGGCCACUCAGUACACUGCUGUGGCCUGUAUAGCCUGUUGGAAUUUUAUAUUCGGCUUCGCGUUUAUCGGAAUUCCGUGGUUGUACGGACCUGAGAUUGCUCCACUCAAACUUCGGCAUCUCGGAGGUGCUGCUGGAGCCUUUGGUGAAUGGCUGUUCAGUUUCAUCACAGUCUUCGCAGGAGGAAUCGCCUUGCAAGAGGUGGGUUGGAAGAUCUGGCUUUGGAUGUUAUUGUCUUGUGCGGCCGCCGUGCCUUUCGUCUACUUCCUAUGCCCUGAGACAACCGGCAAGACGCUCGAAGAAAUUGAUUUGAUCUUUGCGAAACCUGAAAUCAGGGACAGCGCGCUGGCAGCCAGAACAAUCAGGGAUCAUGCAUAUAAGGAUGGCGUUCUGAAGGAGGUCUCAUACGAAGAGAAGGAAUAAUGAAACAAG